UGCCAAUUUUCCACACCCAACAACCCCACAAACAACUGGACAACAACAACAUCAACAUCAACAACAACCUCAACCUCAACACCUCAACACCAACACGCACACACACGCAACCAAACCUCCUCUCCUUGCCGAUCUACCCCACCCUUACACCGUCCUCUGGACAAGAAAACACUGACUGACAAGUUGACGAUGAGUGGAGAGGACAACAACAAUGUUACGGUGACCCUUGGCGCUCCCACUUGGGCAGAAAUUGCCAAGCACUUGCUCCGUCCCCCGUCUUGGCAACAGGACCCCUUCCCUGUGGCGAGAUACUUUGACUGUGAUCAUGAGGACACAAACCUCGGUCCAAGCACAUGUGUCGGCGUGCGGGGAUUUUUCAACUUGAUGUUGACAUGCCGUGGCAUGUACCACGACCUGCCUUGGGCCAUGCCAAAAUGGUGUCUUGCGGAAGAAGCUGUGCCAAAGGCCCCACCCAACAGGGCGCCGUCUACCUUUUCGUUUCAAGCACACAGCGAGCACUGGCUGGACACUUUCCAAGUGCGGCUCGCCCCACGUCAACAGGAACCGUUGCACGUCGCAAGCGACGCAGUGGCGUUUGAUGAGGGCGCAUGGCUUCGGCAGCGCUUUCUCGUGCACUCCUGGCUUGGCAUGACAUGGAACAGUGAGUGCGUGUAUUUGCAGCGGCAAGUGCAAGCACAAGCGCCAGCCUUCUGGAGCGACUUUGCCCGCUUUGGCCGAAUCAAGUUCUCUUCUUUGCCUGCCAUGGAGGCGUGGACCAACCGACCUCACGGAUCGAACGAGCGCACACAAGCCGACACAGAAGCCCCUGCAACGGCAUCAACAGCGUCUGCAGAAUCAACUCAUUCCGUGUCUGCCCCUUCAAGCUCCGCCGAUGCAGGUGGGGGCACUCCAGUGCAAGUGCAGCCGGCGCUGUUCUCCAUCAAAGCUGUGCUGGGACCCAUGGGAUCGGCAGAGCGCUUCAUGGCGUGUCGCAAACAACUUGCACAUGUCAAAGGUGGCACGUUCGAGCUGAUUCUGUGGCAUCGAUGUCGACGGCUGACAAUUCGUGAUGUCAGAGAGCUGCAGUUGUUUGCCGACGGCGUUCACAUCAAGCGUGUUGACUUUGCCAACAUUGAUGAUCUGUAUUGGUUUGCCUCCGCGCACAAUGGGUGCGUUGAGGGCAAGAUGACCAACAUAGGUCGUAUUCAUUUGGAAGGCGGAUGCGACGGGUAUGCGACCUUAACAGACAUCGCGCCACUCGUCGACACUCCGCGUGUCCAGAUUGAGGAGUUUCAAGAAUGUCGCGCGAACAUGACACCUCUGUGCAACGCCCGACAGCUCGUACUCUGCCAGCAUGUGGAUGAAGUCUCAUUUCUCGGCAACGUGCAUCAUGUUGAGUGGCUGCAUUGUAUGGUCGAGGAGCUGUCCCUCAAUGCGAGCCGCGUCGCGCUUGGGAACCUUGAGCCAGAUGAUGACUCCGUUGCCCUGCAUUUACCAAACGCGACAUACAUUGCUCUGAAAGGGUGCCCCGGUGCUGUGGUGCUUGAGUGCCCUGUGCGCCUGCAGUUCUUGCAACUCUACGGUUGCACCAAUGCUCAGCUGCCGACAUUCGAGCACGCCCAUGUGGUGGACAUUGACAUGGAGCUUGGUGUGGAGGCACUGCGCGAUUUGGGCUCUCGCGUCGACAAGCUUGUGCUUCGCGAUGACGCUGCAAAGCUUGUGUCGCAGCUCGGCACAAUUCCCGUGUGUGUGGAGGUGCAUGGAUCAGCGGAAGACAUUGGUCUCGCGGACGGCGUGCUUCCCGCGUGUGUGCGGCGUGCAGUGUUGACUGUCCACACGAAUGCCUUUCAUGUUGGCUUGCUUGCACAUGUGCAGCAACUGACACUGCAGGCAGGCGAAGGCAGCCGACCAGCCAUUCAGGGCUUGGAUGAGCUGCGCAAUCUGAAGGCGUUGCGCAUCGUCGGGUGUGAGCUGAGCGGCACAGUCAGCGCAAGCGAGCAAGUGUGUUUCACCGAUUGCUCUGGCUCCAUCACGGUUGAGAAUGCCGGUACCCUUUACAUCACUGACAAGAGAGAUGCAACGGAGAAACGAGAGAGUGACGCCACACUGAUGCAGGUGCUUUCAACACGCAAUGUGCAUGUAUGCCGCAUUGUCGACUGUGAGCUUGAAACGCUGUGCGGUUUUGCAGGCGUGCACUGCCUUGUUCUUCAGUGUUGUACUGUGGCCGACGCUGAAACGCUCCCGCAGGUAGCCUGCCUCUGCCUGCGAGGCCGCUGUUACAGGCAGCCCAUCGUCUCCCUUGUCGGCCGGGCACGGGAGGACAUGAUUGCCGUUAUCAAUAGCGGGCAGACUGACGUGUCAGAGGACCUCCAGCUGCUCCAAGACGACAAGGAUAUUAACGAUGAUGACAUCCUACAGGACUUUGAAGAUGAAGACGACGACGACGACGACAGUGAUGAUGAUGAUGAUGAUGAUGAUGAUGAUGAUUGAUGAAGGAGGUGGAUAGCGUGUGCUUCUGUGCGUUCGUUUUGGGGUGGUUGUUUUCCCCCUCGCGCACCCGUGCCCAUCUCAUAGACUGACCGUUGCAUUGCACUCUUUGUUUUGGUGGAUAUUUGUUGACCUUGUUUCUCUCGCGCUCGGGUGCAUGUGAGGCAGCAAGCCUGCUUGGAUUGCCCCCUUCCUUGCAUUCAUUGCUGUAGUGUUGUGACGUUGUCUUUGACACACUUUCUUGUUCGAAUUGCGCUUGUUUGUUGUUCCUCCCGUUGGCUUGCGAUUUGCGUCACACGAGGCAGUCAAACGAGAAAAACCG